AUGAGCGGGCGGCGCAGGGCAAUGCGCGGGCGGCUCAGGCAGGGCGCACGCAGGCAGCGCGCGCAAUGCAGCGCAUACGGCAGCGGGUGGCGGGCGGCACAGGCUAGCGGGCAGCGGGCGGCGGGCCAGCAGCAAGUGGCAGCGCGAGCGACACAGGGCAGCACGGGGCGACGUGCGGGCAGCGUGCGGGCCGCGCGAGUAGCGGGUGAGCUGCGUGCGGGCGGCGAGGGCAGCGACCCGAUGGAUGCAUACAGCUACCAUGUUCGCCCCACCAUGCGAUUCCAGUCGACUCAAAAGCUGUUGGCCGCCCUGUACCUGCCCGCUAGACAUGAGCAAAAAUCUGAGCUGGUGGAUGCGUACAGCUACCGCGACCGCCUCACCAUGACCAAGCUCAUUGUCUCCGCCGCCAACAACGAGUUCUUCGCCCUCGAUGACAGGUGGGGUGCGGUGAUGACAGGUGGGGUGCGGUGA